CCCAGCCCAGGUGGAGGAAACACCGAACCUAGACAUGGGAGUUGGAGGAGCAUUCCAUCUUCUACUUGUGUGCCUGAGCCCAGCACUGCUGUCUGGUGUGCGGAUCAACGGGGAUGGCCAGGAGGUCCUGUACCUGGCGGAGGGUGAUAAUGUGAGGCUGGGCUGCCCCUACAUCCUGGACCCUGAAGACUAUGGUCCCAGUGGGCUGGACAUUGAGUGGAUGCAGGUCAACUCAGACCCCUCACGUCGGGAAAACGUGUUCCUUAGUUACCAGGACAAGAGAAUCAACCAUGGCAACCUCCCCCAUCUGCAGCAGAGGGUCCGCUUUGCAGCCUCGGACCCCAGCCAGUAUGAUGCUUCCAUCAACCUCAUGAACCUGCAGGUAUCUGACACAGCCACCUAUGAGUGUCGGGUGAAGAAGACUACCACGGCCACCCGGAAGGUCGUUGUCACUGUCCAAGCACGUCCUGCGGUGCCCAUGUGCUGGGCUGAGGGCCACAUGGCAUAUGGCAACGAUGUGAUGCUGAAAUGCUUUGCCAAUGGGGGUUCCCAGCCCCUCUCCUACAAGUGGGCCAAGAUCAGUGGGCAUGCUCACCCCUACCGAGCUGGGUCCUACCACUCCCAGAACAGCUUCCACUCUGAGAUCUCCUACCAGGAGUCCUUCCAUAGCUCCAUGAAUCAAGGUAUAAUCAAUGGGGACCUGUGGUUGAAAGACAUCUCCCGGGACGAUGAUGGGCUGUAUCAGUGCACAGUGGCCAACAAUGUAGGUUACAGCGUCUGCGUGGUGGAGGUGAAGGUCUCAGACACCCGGCGUGUGGGCGUGAUCAUCGGCGCUGUCUUGGGCUCUCUGCUGGCGCUGGCCUGCCUGGCGGUGGGCAUCUGGGGGCUCGUCUGCUGCUGCUGCGGAAGCUCUGGGGCUGGCGGCGCCCGCGGUGCCUUCGGCUACGGCAACGCCGGCGGCGGGGUCGGCGGAGGGGCCUGCGACUUGGCUAGUGAGAUCAGAGAGGACGCCGAGGCGCCCGGGUGCAAGGCCAGCGGGCGCGGCAGCCGCGUCACCCAGCUCCUGGGGUACCCGACGCAGAACGUCAGCCGCUCCCUGCGCCGCAAGUACGCGCCUCCGCCCUGCGGCGGCCCUGAGGACGUGGCCCUGGCGUCCCGCACGGCCGCCGCCUGCGAAGCGGGCCCCUCCCCCGUCCAAGUCAAAGUCAAGAGCACCGAGCCAGCCAGCUGCGCCCAGGGGCCGCUGCCCUGCAAGGACGGCCUCUUGGUGUGAGCGCGCGCGCCGCGCCGGGCCGCGCCCUGGCCGAGCGGAGGUUUUGGUAAACAGCAGCGCCAUCUGCCUGGCUACUCAUGUCACCCACCUCAGUGUCAUCCUGGACCCCUCCUCAGCC